CGGCAGCAGUGUAAUCCGGAAGUGGUUGCACGGGAAGUGUCAUUGCCAGUGAAGAAGAAUUCCCGCGAAGAUUGAGCCGGUCCAGCGGUGUGUUGUGGCUGAACUAUUGAUCUGAUCAGUGUCCACAUAUCCAUCAUCAUGAGCAAAAGGAAGGUGAAAGAAGCUCACCUGCCAAUAGGAGAAUGCAUCUCAGAGGUCCAGAGGGUUUUACGGGAGCGGUUUUGCCAUCAGCAGCUUCCAGAGCGGCUGGAGGGAGUGGACUCUCAGUACAAGCACCUGCUGGAGCUGCUGAGGCGGACAGCCGUGCAUGGAGAGAGCAACUCGGUGCUCAUCGUCGGGCCGAGAGGAGCUGGGAAGACUACGCUGCUGAACUGCGCACUGCGAGAGCUGCUGGAGGAGAAGGAAGUGAAGAGGAAUCUGCUGCAGGUUUAUCUCAACGGGCUCCUGCAGACGGACGACAAAAUCGCGCUCAAAGAAAUCACACGGCAGCUCAGCCUGGAAAAUGUUGUCGGUGACAAAGUCUUUGGCAGUUUUGCAGAGAAUUUGGCUUUCCUCCUGGAGGCGCUGAAGAAAGGCGAUCGCAGCAGCAGCCGUCCCGUCCUGUUCGUGCUGGACGAGUUCGACCUGUUCGCUCACCACAGGAACCAGACGCUGCUCUACAACCUGCUGGACGUGUCGCAGUCGGCCCAGACGCCAGUCGCUGUGGUCGGCCUCACUUGCAGACUGGACGUCCUGGAGCUGCUGGAGAAGCGGGUGAAGUCUCGAUUCUCCCACCGGCAGAUCCACCUGCUGAGCGGCAUGACGUUCCCCCAGUACCUGCAGAGGGUCCAGACCCAGCUCCGCCUGCCCGACGGCUUCCCCGACGCCAGGUUCAGCCACGAGUGGAACGGCAGCGUCCAGACUCUGUGUGAGGACAAAUCAGUGGAGGAAGUUUUACAGCGACACUUCAACUCCAGCAAAGACUUCCGCUCCCUGCACAUGUUACUGAUGCUGAGUGUGAGUCGCGUGUCCACAGCCAACCCUGCUAUCAGACCUGCCGAUCUGCUGGAGGCCAGCCGCAUGUGCUCAGCCGACCCCAAAGCCAAUAUCCUGCACGGCCUGUCCAUCCUGGAGCUGUGUCUGAUCAUCGCCAUGAAACACCUCAACGACAUUUACGACGGAGAGCCGUUCAACCUGCAGAUGGUUCACAACGAGUUUAAGAAGUUCCUACAGAGAAAAUCUCACUCCAUCUACAACUUCGAGCAGCCGGUCAUCAUGAAGGCCUUCGAGCACCUGCAGCAGCUCGAGUUGAUCCGGCCGGUCGACGCCUCGGCCGCCAAAACGCAGAGGGAGUACCAGCUGAUGAGGCUGAUGCUGGACCAGAGCCAGAUCAUGGAGGCGCUGCAGAAAUACCCACAAUGCCCCACCGACGUCAAGCAGUGGGCCAUGUCGGCGUUCGGAUAGGCGCCACCUUUCCCUCGCAGGGAGAGACUGUCGGCGCUGCUGGAGAAAGUGCGGAAAAUGUUUUUGUACACGGGAUUACAUGUUGAAGAGCCUCAGCGUCUGAUAAACUGUGGUGGCUGAGGGAUUAUCUGGUGAUGAUAAAUGAUCAACACUGGACAUCAUCAUCAAUUCAAAAGAAACAAAGAAAACGAGAGGAAACACUGAUGCUGUGAAACGAUGACAUCAGCAUCAGCGGUGUGACGGGCGAAUCCGCCGCCGACCUCCAACACGUCAGAUUCAACGGCGACGCUCCUGAAGUGAUGCCAGCAACGGCUAAUAUUUCAGAUGUGUGGCUUUGAACCCCACAUGACACGGCUAUCAUUUGAAAAAGUGACGCUUGCUCGCUCGAAAUUAUCAAUAUCGACAUGAAAACAGCAACUUGUCCUCUUUGGGUUACAUGGUUAAUAUGAGGAUUAGAUAUUUAAAAAAAACUGAUAAGUACUUUUUUUUUUUUUUUUAAUAUUCAGCUCCAUGAGGCUCUGUUUUGAGAACUAACACCACACAAGCAUAAAAUGAUGAAUAUGAGGUUGAUAAAAGUCAGAUUAAACACUGUCUGAGGGAUCAAGAUCAAGAAAUUCUGAUAUUUUUGAGGUCUUAACUUAAGUUCUUGUCCUGUUUACAAGCUUAAAGGUUUGGACGACAUUACUUUAACUUGAUGAAACCUUGCUGUCGUGCACAUGGUGACUUGUUAUCAGAUAUUAAACCCGACUUGCAGCUGAAAUUUACCGCAGCGUGACGGCUGGUCAUUUAAAACCUCCAAUGUUUCAGGCACUAUGUGAAUUUUUAAAAUAAACUUCAACAAAUCAGAUGAAUGAAAGUGGUUGUCAUGCCUAUCUGUAUUAUGAUAUGAAUUUUGUCAUGUUGUUUAUGUUAAUGUACUUUUCAAUAAACAAAAUAAAAGACAA